UGACGCCUCAUCCGGCCUCUGAGGUUCUGUUUCCCUCCGACAUCUGCCUGGAGCAUCCUGUCGCCAAACUUCGAGGUUGUCUUCCUUCCCACUCUCUUGUCCUGGUGCAUCCUCUUCACGUCCCUCCAACAUGACUGCGGAACCCAUUUCCGACGCUAACCCGUCGGUCUUGAGAGAUUUCGGCGAUCCCAACGGCCUGCGAUCAGAGGCGAAGCGACAAUUUGAGAACGAAAUUAUCCUAAGAACUCCGCUCCGAGGCGCUCCCACCAGAUUCGAGGCGAAAGGUCGGAUACUAAGAGCCUCGGACGUGUUAUUGUCAUUAGUCGGUAGAUCUACGAGCGACACGGACGAUGCAUACCCCGGUGUUUCGAGCCCUCAGGAAGCUUUACGUCUUUUCCCUCCGCUUCGCAAUGAUGACGGGCUUCUGUUCAGUGCAGUGGGUGUCGAUUGUCCUGAUUGCGAUGCGGUAUUCUCUUCGUUAGACGAGCUAAAGCAACAUUAUUUGACGAAAUAUUGCCCGGGGACUGCAAUUGCAGUCUAUGUGAUGACGCGGGAUCGUCUGAUCACAAAAGGGUACCGCGUGGAAAAACACUUUAUCCCUAUUAACUCGCGCCCCAUCUGUUUCUUCUGUGGCAACUGUGAGAGGCCUUUUACGUUUGGUGAUGGCGAGGAAGGGCUUGAUCGGCAGCGAGAUGCGCCCUUCAUUAUUGACUGCAAACAUUGCGGAGAGCAGUGCAAUGUUUCAUAUCAGCCAAUCUUGAACGAUCCGCGAGACGGCGCCGUUUUGAAAGGCACGCCGAGAGAAAUAUCUAGUGCCAAUCAUAGCCGAAGUUCCAGUUUCACGCAAAAAGGGCCCGUGAGCUCCAAACUCCCAUCAUCGUCAUCAGGGUCUGUAGAGCAGUCAUUAUCGAGAAAGGCCAGAAAGUUACGGGAGUCAUGGUCAUUCCGAAAAUUCUCGCCGGGUGAGGAGGACGAGCUAGUUGCGAUCGGUUUUUCGGGGCUAUAUGACCUGGAACGAGCACACGCUCCCAAUGGCGUUUAUCAACCCGAGGACAGCAAUGAGCCGCGCAAGGCCCAAUCAACAAUGAGCUAUGAUCCGAGUGGACUUUACGGCGAAUCGAUUAAGAUAAAGCGGACACGUUGUGAAGAGGAAAGCGAGCACCCCAGAAGUGCCUUAACAGAUUCUGAAAAUGAACUGUUGGAUGGCCAGGGAACCUCGCAAUCACAGCCAAGACCCUCUUGGAGACAAUCAUUCCUGCAGAGACUAUUCGGUCGAAAGGUUCCAAAAGGGGUCUCUCGAGCGCGGUCCACCUCAGAACGAGGCAAGAAAUUAAUCAAGAGAGCGAACACUAUACGGUUCUCAUUUGUCACCAAAUACGCCCGCAGCGAAGGAAGAGCGACUACGCGGAAAAGCGACAUAAUAUCGGCAGAUGCACGAACUCAGGCAACGGACGCUACACAGGAAUCUAUCGCAGAUACCGAGUACAUGGCCUUGUUACGGGGGAGUCAGAACAUAUUCAUUCACACGCAACAUAUCUCAGGAGGAGCAAUAGUCCACGACGCAUCUGGGCGCCAGAGGAUACUCAAAAUUGAUGAGAUUGCGCAGCUGUUCCUGCAUAUGAAAGACGAGCUCUCGGCAGCAAGCAUCUGGGCUCGUGUCCUCACCACACAGAUGCGCGCCGAGACUGCCCUGAAACAAGGGAAUCUCAAGGCCGCCGUUGUCGAAUACCAUACUGCCUUGAGGAUGCUCGAUGAGACACCAGCACUAGAUAUUGACAAGCAGUCACGCGCGACAAUUCUACAUUCCCUGGGACAAGCGUAUCGCGAUCUCGAAAUGACCCAAGAAUCGGGGGUAUGUUAUCUCAAGGCGCUGGGACUAUUCAAGCGGACGUUUGGGCGCGACCAUCCUACCAACUUUGCGAUUCUACACGACCUGGGAACAUUCUGCGCCAAAGACGGAUACGCCACGGAAGCAUCGGCCUUAUAUGAGCGCUCGUUUGCAGGUCGUCUAAAGACCCUGGGUCACAACGCCCCAGAAACCCUCAGAAGCAUGCAGGAUCUUGCCACUCUGAAAGUCUCACUAGGGGAUCUCGAAAUGGCGCUCUUUCUCCUAGAGAAGGCAGUCCCAGCCCUCGACACGGUGUUCGGGUUGCAGAACGCAACAACGUUAAGCGCCAAAAACCAACUGUCUCUCUUAUACCACAAACUCGGGUUCAAUAAGGAGGCGCGCACGAUAUGCGGCCGGACGAUCCCACAUUACAAGACAUUCUUUGGCAUUACCAGUCCCAUCACAAGAGAAGCAGUUGUCCGGUACCUCGAGUGCUCGGAUAACUUUGACUUCCCCGUCGAGAUCAAAGAUAUCCUCGACCAAUACCAGCAUUCCCAUGAUCCCGACGCGCUACGGGUCAUCCAGCGUCUAGGACGAUCGUACUUGAAUGCUGGUCUCAUCCACGAUGCCGCAAACAUCUUCGAGACUCUCUUCGAGGAAUUCCUGGUCGUGAAGGGACCUGAAGCAACAGAGACAUUUGACGCUCUGAAUGCCCUCUGCGACUCACACGAACGGCUCGACUCUCUCGAUAGAGCUAUUCUUUCUUACAAACAGCUGGUCACUAUGGCGCGAAGAACCCCCGGGGACCGCUACAUGCAGAAGAGAAUCGUGUUCGCCGAAAAGAAGAUCUCCGAUCUCAACAAGCGACGAGACAUGCUCGUAGCAGAGAAGAGCCUGUGGGCAUGGUUUGAACCCGGACCGUGUGAGAAAUGCAGCACCCCUACGACCACCCUCUGCAAUACCUGCAAGAUCUUCCGCUUCUGCAGCGACAAAUGCCACAAGUCCGCUUCCCCCACCCACGCUCCCCAAUGCAUCCCCUCCGUCUCAUUCCUCGAAUCCAAAUUCCUCCGAAUGAAACACACCUGUCCCCCUACAGCCCGCGACCUCGCCAUCGCCAAAAUCCGCCAACUCCACACCACCAAACCCGCCAUCAGCAUAACCUCCAGCCAAGCCGUCCACCUCGAUUCUCGCAAAUUCACCACCUUCCGAAUGCGCCUCAACCCAGCCGUCAACACCGUCAUCGUCUUCUCCCAAGACGCCGACAUCCGCUACACCACCAUCGACCCCUCCUCCUCCUCCUCCUCCUCCCCUUCCACCAAAGAAAUCCAAUGGACCACCCCCGAACGUCAAGAAUCCAUCUGCCACACCCAACACGCCAACAACGACUCCGAAUCAGAAGCAGAAGCAAAAUACCUCCUCGUCGCCCCCGGGAAGAAAAUGCUCCGCGCCAUGAUCGACAAACGCGUCCGGGUCCGUAGCGGCGGCGGCGAAAAAGAACGGUUCCAAUCCUUAAAUAUCCCUAACGAAGAUCUCAUUCAAUAUGCCCAGGGUCUUGAACUCAAUGAUUUUCUUUUUGAACCCUUCAUGUAUAUUUUUGAGUGGGUGUGGAAAUAAUUCAUGUGAUUGUUACCUUCUUCUCUCUUUUUGUUCUAGUUGUUGGAAUGUUGAUGUUGACCUCUCGGGAUUGCUUUUCUUUUCUUCUUCCUUUCUUAUUUGUCUUCUUCUCCUUGGGUGAUUGUAUACUUG